AUGUCGAAUGGUCAAUAUUCUCCGCCCAACAUAAAAGUGUUUAAAAAUCAUGUUUGUGACGAGGAUCCCACAAUCUCAGUUUGUGACAAGGAUCCCACAAUCUCAGUUUGUGACAAGGAUCCCACAAUCUCAGUUUGUGACAAGGAUCCCACAAUCUCAGUUUGUGACAAGGUUCCCACAAUCUCAGUUUGUGACGAGGAUCCCACAAUCUCAGUUUGUGACAAGGAUCCCACAAUCUCAGUUUGUGACAAGGAUCCCACAAUCUCAAUUUGUGACAAGGAUCCCAUAAUCUCAAUUUGUGACAAGGAUCCCAUAAUCUCAUUUUAUGACAAGGAUCCCACAAUCUGUGACAAUGAUCCCACUAUUUCAGAUUGUGACAAGGAUCCCACAAUCUCAUUUUGUGACAACGAUCCCACAAUCGCAGUUUGUGACAAGGAUCCCACAAUCUCAGUUUGUGACAAGGAUCCCACAAUCUCAGUUUGUGACAAGGAUCCCACAAUCUCAGUUUGUGACAAGGAUCCCACAAUCUCAGUUUGUGACGAGGUUCCCACAAUCUCAGUUUGUGACGAGGAUCCCACAAUCUCAGUUUGUGACAAGGAUCCCACAAUCUCAGUUUGUGACAAGGAUCCCACAAUCUCAAUUUGUGACAAGGAUCCCAUAAUCUCAAUUUGUGACAAGGAUCCCAUAAUCUCAUUUUAUGACAAGGAUCCCACAAUCUGUGACAAGGAUCCCACUAUUUCAGAUUGUGACAAGGAUCCCACAAUCUCAUUUUGUGACAAGGAUCCCACAAUCUCAGUUUGUGACAAGGAUCCCACAAUCUCAGUUUGUGAUAAGGAUCCCACAAUCUCAAUUUGUGACAAGGAUCCCAUAAUCUCAUUUUAUGACAAGGAUCCCACAAACUGUGACAAGGAUCCCACUAUUUCAGAUAGUGACAAGGAUCCCACAAUCUCAUUUUGUGACAACGAUCCCACAAUCUCAGUUUGUGACAAGGAUCCCACAAUCUCAGUUUGUGACAAGGAUCCCACAAUCUCAAUUUGUGACAAGGAUCCCAUAAUCUCAUUUUAUGACAAGGAUCCCACAAUCUGUGACAAGGAUCCCACUAUUUCAGAUUGUGACAAGGAUCCCACAAUCUCAUUUUGUGACAACGAUCCCACAAUCUCAGUUUGUGACGAGGAUCCCACAAUCUCAGUUAGUGACAAGGAUCCCACUAUCUCAGUUUGUGACAAGGAUCCCACAAUCUCAGUGUGA